GUUUGGGUGGUACCAGGCGCAUGCGGUCACGGUCCCACACCGGUGGAAGGCGGACGAUGGGUUUCUGCCCGCUUCCACCUCGCCGGUUACGCUAUCAUCCGCUAACUGGCCGAGACGGACGGACUGACUGCUCGGGCUGUCGCUGGAAGAGGACAACUUCCUAGUCCAUUGUUCACAUCUUCCCAUCCGUUCAGUGCCCAUACCAACUCUUCGCUCCCCACCAUCCUUGGGUUUGAUCACUCUCGUUGACACCGUUCUUGUGUGACGUGAUUUUGUCUCAUCAGGCUGACUGCCUCGGACCCCUCGACCCCCCUCCACCGCCGCAAUCCAUAGACCAUGGCUGAUGACACCGCCACGGCCGAAGAUGCGCCCAUCACCUUCAAUGUCAAGUCCUCAAAUGAUGCUAAAUUCACCCUCACCCUUCCCUCAUCCACACCCGUGUCAGAUUUGAAGGAGAAGCUCGCAUCAUCGGAAUAUGCCGAUACUCCAGCUGAGCGUCAACGUCUGAUCUACUCGGGCCGAGUCCUCAAAGACAACGAGACCCUGGCGACGUACAAGAUCAAGGAUGGACAUACUAUUCACUUGGUCAAAAGUGCUGCCAGCAACCAGCGCCCCGGAGGUGCUGCGCCGGCCACCUCGACUGCGCCAGCUGGCGCGGCUGUCAAUGCCCCGGCUGCUGGUGUUCCUACGAACCUCGCUGCCGGCACCGGCAACAAUCCGCUCGCUGGGCUGACGGGCGCGAGAUAUGCUGGGUUCGCGCAACUCCCAGGUGCAGGCAUGUUUGGUCCUGACGGUGGGAUGGGUCCUCCUCCUGACACCGAAACGAUGCUCAAUAUGCUCGAAAAUCCCCAAUUUCAGUCCACCAUCAACGAAGCCCUGCAGAACCCCGCCAUGAUUGAUAUGAUGAUCCAACAGAAUCCCAUGCUGCGCGACAUGGGUCCCGGCGUGCGACAAAUGAUGCAGAGCCCGGAGUUCCGCCGCAUGCUCACCGACCCGAACUCGAUACGUCAGAUGGUACAAAUGCAGAGAGCCAUGGGUGGCGGGGGUUUGGGCGGCAGCGCAUUCCCAGCUCCUGGAGUCACCAACACCACGCCUGAGGAAAACCGAAACACCCAGAACAACAAUGGUGCCACUCCCACUCCCGGCGCCGCAUUCAACCCAUUCAUGCCCGCUGGACUUGGUGCUGGAAAUCCUUUUGCCGCCCUCUUUGGAGGCAACCCUAUGAUGGGUAACCCCGCUGCGGGGACGCCGUCGAGCACCUCACCCACCGCAGGCGGCGACCAGACAAACACUACACAGAGGGCUGCCGGCGCCACCGGAGAGAACACUGCCGGGCAAGGGCAGAACCAGCCCAACUUCCAGAACCCGUUCAGUCUCUUCAACCCCGCGCUCUUUGGCGGCCAGGGCGGCCAGGCUGGUGCGAACCCUUUCGAUCCGCAGCAUAAUCCGUUGCUCCGAGAUCCAGCGCUGCUGCAACAAGUGAUGCAGUCCUUGGGAGCUGGACCGGGAGAGGGGGGUGCGGCUGGGGCCAAUCCUUUGGCGGCACUCUUUGGGGGUGGGCUCGGCAGUCCCCCUCCGCAGGACAACCGGCCGCCCGAGGAACGGUAUGCCGAGCAGCUACGUCAAUUGAACGACAUGGGAUUCUUUGAGUUUGAGAGAAACAUUGAGGCUCUCCGCCGAUCUGGAGGUAGCGUGCAAGGAGCCGUGGAAUAUUUGCUGAGCCAUUCUUCCUAAUCAUGAUGUGUGCAAAUUAUUCUCUUCUUGUUGUUUUGUUGUUACUUUUAUUGACGAUGCAUUUCUGCGUAUGUGUCGAUGCGGAACGACAAAGUCGAUAUUGGCGGUUGACGGUUUUCUCAGUACCCUUCUGCGUGCUCUUUACUGAGGGUGGCUGAACCUUGUAGCAAUUCUGUGGCAGCCAGCCGAAGGUGAUAUUUAGCAGAUUUAUGACAAUUUAUGAUGGUAUUCACA